AUGCAUGUCAGAAAAGCCCUUCAACUAUUCGUUUUGGGGCUGUCGGCCGCCUCUGUCGCCGAAGCUACGUUUGUGAGCCCAAGACUCGCCCGACAUGAAAGAGCUCUCCAGCGAAGACAAGACGAUGGUGGCGAUGCGCCGCCCAACUCUGCCUCUGACCCUGCCGACGAACCACCGGCGCCAUCGACGUCAGAUGCCCCAGUGACAACACCAAGCACUAGCUCAACAACACCACCACCACCCGUCACAUCAUCAACCCCGCCGCCUCCUGAGGAAACUUCCAUUUCGGUCACUUCCAGCACCACGACGACGACAACCCCUCGGCCAGGCAACUCCGUCUCUUCCUCCUCCACAUCGUCGACCACCGCCCCGCCAGACCCCGACGCAAGCGAUGAGCCCACCACCCACGUCCAGACCAUCACCAGAACCAUCGUGACUACUAAUCCCGAUGGUCAGGAAACGACGGUCAUCGAUGAAGUUGUGACUACCUCGAUCUCGGUACCACUGCCAAACGGAGGUGGCGGUAAUGGCGGCGACACGGGUAUGUCCACAACGACGCGCAACACGGUGAUCGGCGUGGUGGUCGGUGUCGGCGGCGCUGUUGUUUUGGCUGGUCUGGGUUUUGUUGCCUGGAGGAUUUGGGGCAAGAAGAAGCAGCAGGAGGAGCAAGACACCUUGAUGGACGAUUACAGCGCGGUUGGCGAGAAGCCAGACACGAUUGGAUCGACCAGCACACGCACUCCCUUCCAGAGCACACUCGAGAGCUACCACGCGCCAACACAUGUCAACACGGCAUCGAAUUUCUAA